AUGUUUCUCCGUUUUUUUAGUUUAAAACCAACAAGAAAAAAUCUUAUAAUAUUUGGCUUACCAUCUUCAGGAAAAACAUCUAUUAUAUAUUUUUUCAAAUUGGGAUAUCUAAUAACCACUGUUAGAACAUUUUUGAUAAAUGAAGAAUGUUUUACUAUAACACUAAAAACUGAUAAAGAUAAUUUUGAGGAAAAAAAAUUUAAAGUAAAAUUUUUUGAAGUAGGAAGUGAUUGUUCAUUUAAUUUAAUUAAAGAAUAUUCAGAAAUAUCUAAUGACUUAAUAUAUAUUGUUGAUAGUUCACAAAAAGGAUCUUUAAGAGAAGCAAGAGAUGAUUUUAUUAGAAUUAUAUAUGAUUUUAGGUUUAUAUAUAGAAGAUGUAAAUUUUUAAUUUUUUUAAAUAAGCAAGAUUCCAAUGGAUGUCUAAAAUCUGAAGAAAUAAUAAACUAUUUUUCAUUACCAAAAGAAUUAUUAUUUAGAUGUAAAUUUAUUUCUUGUAGUACUUUAUCUGGAGAAGGUCUAAAAGAAGGGUUAGAUUGGUUAUUAAAUUCUAAUGUAUUUUUAAAUAAAACUGAUGUGAAUUAUGAAAAUAAAAGAAUAUAUUAUUAG